UUAUAUAAAGCGAAUUUUCGAAAUAGCUGUACUAGCAUAUCCAUACUUUUAGGAAUAUCUGCUAAGAAGACUAGUGGAGAGCACGAAACUGAAUUGAGUCAGCAUCGACGUAUAAAGCAAGAAACGAAAUUAUGAGACUAUCUACAGUCGCCGCCAUAGUCAUCAUCGUCGCACUUGUCGCCAACGAAAUCGGAUUUGCUUUUAAAAUUAAAAGAUUACGGAUACGGAGGGGCCCAAGACGUCCUCCGAAACCGAGUCGUACCCGUCACUCUCAGCAUACACACCAACAUAGCGCGUCAUCAACACAUGGAAAAAAUACGGGGCAUCACAAACCCGGGAAGCCUCCAUCGAAUGUAGCACACGGGGGGGCUGAGACGCACGUGGGGACUGGAGGCAAGGCGCCUGCAACAGGAACUCGGAGUGGCUCUACCGCGACUGGAGGCAAUAAGCCACCUGCGGCCGGAAGUCACGCUGGCUCUACCGAUACCCAUGUCUCAGGGACGUCAUCUAAUGUGGAUUUACCGACAAACGGGGGUGCAGCCCCGACUCCGCCGGAAGUGCAUCGUGGGGGUGGAGGUGGUGGCAAUGUACUCGUUGGACUAGCGCUUGGAACUGAGGCUUUCUCUUCACUGGCUGGCGCUGGGACUAGCAUUGCAGAUACGGUAUUAACUAAUCAAGCAAACAAAGCUGACGGUGAGGAAGAUGAAAAUGAGAAGGACAAACGGGUGAGCCAACCAGCCAACAGGAGGGCCCCAACAAGAGCCCUCAUGCGUUAACGACGUGCGAAAACAGAUUUUAUUUCAGCGGGAAAUAUUUGAAUUCCAACUUUCUCGGAUUGUACCAUGAAGUGAUCAGUGGAUACUUUCAUUGCUACAAGCGCUGAAGAGCUCAGGGACGAAACAGGAACUGUCGAUGAAGUCAAUUAAAUUAUGUUACUAUUGC